CACAGACAUCUGACAUUGACAUCUCUCUGUUUUGUCAACAUUCACAUUUUUGUUUUCCACCCUACGUUUUAGUUUGCUAUGGAUAGGUCGCUGUCCUACUUUCAUCGGUACAUUUAAUGAUAGUGUCGUUAGUGCUGCAAUGAAUUCGCUGCGAGAAAGCCUGGCUAGCAUUCCUAGUGCCAUAAGUAGUUUUGUCUAUGAAAACCAAAUAAAUCCACAGACGGUUUCAUCACCUUCGUCUCUUUCGGGAGAUGACAGUUCCGAGAAAUCACAUACAAUUCCAGCAGCUCUAAUUAAGGAGCAAUGGCAAAUAGUCCUUGGCUUAGAUGCUUGUUUACCUGAGCUUAAAACAGCCGAGGAUAAAUGUAAGGCUCUAAUCUUGACAUCAGAGGAAUGCAGUGAAGAGCGAAAAUGGCUCGUUCGACACCUUGUUGAGCUGCGAUAUCGGAUAAAGGAGCUCGAGGAGAUCAUCAAUGACCCAAAUGAGUCCUUCUCUGAAACGAAAGUUAUCCUAGGACAUCAUUUCACAGUGCAACCAACCCACCUUCCAACGGCGAAGCAACACUGUGAUCAUUGCACCGGGAUCAUCUGGAGUGUUGUGCAGGCCUCCUAUGUUUGCACCGAUUGCGAAUUUAUCGUUCAUCACAAAUGUGCUCCGAAUAUCAUUCGAAUUUGCGCUCACGUAAUCACAACAGAGAGGAAAUAUCCCAUCGAUGAAAUCUGCCCUGAAAUAGGAUUAGCGGCUCAAGACUAUAAAUGCGCCGAAUGCCAAGCGAAUUUCGAUUUUAGUAAUGAAAGUAUGGUUACUUGCUUUGGACCCCGUAAACAACGAGAAAAAAUGUGGACUGAGCCGCGCUUAUGUGAUUAUUCAGGACUAUAUUAUUGCCCGACAUGUCAUUGGAACAGCGUGAGCAUUAUACCAGCACGUGUGAUACAUAAUUGGGAUUUCUCAUCACAUAAAGUUAGUCGUACUUCGCUGCAACAAAUAAACCUUUUGUUAGAUAAACCAGUGAUAAAAUUAGAAGAAGUAAAUCCGAAAUUGUUCGUGUUUCUACAGAAGCUGAGCGUAAUCAAAAAGAUCCGCGAAGAUCUUACAUUUAUGAGAAAAUAUUUGUGUGAAUGUCGAGUAGCUACUGAGAAGAAACUUCUGGAAGGACAAAUAGGAAAUCGGCGUCAUUUGAUCCAAACACCGGAUGUUUAUAGUAUAUCAGACUUAGUUCAAGCAGAAUCGGGACUUCUAAUAGAAUUUCUCAAUAGAGUUUACGAUGCAUUCGAGAAGCACAUUAGGUCCUGUGAAAUAUGCUCCGGGAAAGGCUAUAUAUGCGAAAUUUGCAGUAAUAAUGAAGUGAUCUACCCGUUUGAUGACGGUAGUGUUUCCUGUGAGAAAUGUUUGACAAUUUACCAUCGAAUCUGUUGGACACGCCAUAUGCAAAAAUGCCCAAGAUGCGCUCGAGUUGAAGAACGAAAGUCGAAAACAAACGAUGCAGAGCUAACACCAACAACACCAACAGAAGAUAUAAAAAAUGAUCCAACAACUGAAUUGAAUUAACAAUAUCUUUUGGAUUUAUUUCGCGAAUAUUUGUAUUUUGUAAAAUUGAUAAAUUUUAAACUAUAUUUUAAUACUUUGUGCUCUAGUAGCUUUCUGCAGAUAGACUCUUCACAUAAACAGUACAUGAUAAUUGGAAAGUGAAGAGAAAAUGAUUACCUAUGAGAGUUACAAACUAUGUUAAUUUUACUGUGGAAUCGAAACCAUAACAUUAGCAAAAGUUACCAUAACAAAUUGAAAAUAAGUUAAACUGUUAAAGAUGAGUUGUAGACUCGUAUCUCCAGAAGGCUACAAAAUACACAAUGGUGCUUCUUGUAAAUAAAGCUAAUAUGAAAGAAACUUUACUGAAAU